AUGUCUGGUUUCUCACAAUCCGAUACCAGGGAUAUGAAGGACAGCAGCAGUGAACCAGCUAAUCAGAAGCCGAGAAUGUCUGUGCCUGGCAUUGAUCCAGUUGAGACGAAGAGCACGUCUAAGGCUGUGGGCUACUUAAACGCAGAGCAGGAACUGGGUCGCCUUGCUACAAUGACGUUCAUCGUAUUUCUACACUUGGUCUGCUUGUCGUUACAUAUGAUCAAAGCUUCGCUACACAUAACGUCACCUGGAGACUGGAAGUUCAUCAACACCUCCCGGUAUGGCGUCGACAUCAGGUCGUGCACGACGCUUCCACUCCAGAUCAAGACCUGUGACCAGGCACAUGUGUGGUUUGGGGACGGAACACCCACCAACUCCUAUGAGAUUGGCACCUUUUCGAGGGGAGAGACCGGAUUCAGACAGUGUAGUGAAUGUUACAGCACACAGAUAUUCUUCCCAAAUCCACGAGGCAUACACUGCGAUGAAUUCAGGUGGUUCUGGUUCCAGUGGGGUGAAGGUCGUCUGAAGUUCGGUGAAAGUCGCACUGUUGGCUUGCAGCUGGUGUUUGAUGAACCAAUCAACAGACCCAUUGAGGUGUUCAGUGUGUCAUCAUAUGUAUAUACAGUGGAGUACAUUCUGGGUGAAGGGUAUGAGUCGCUGUAUGGAGUAGCUAGCAGAACUGGAAGGUACUCCGAUGGGCUGUUGUACGAGACCAAGGCUUGGAGUGGCUUACACUGUGGCACACAGUGUCAGGCACACGGACACUGCCACAUGUAUAGCUACAACAAAGAACAGGCUGUCUGCGCCCUCUACAACAGAGACAUGUCAUCAUUCAGCAUGACAUCUGUAAAUGGAUGGGUUUCGUACCAGCUUCGUUAUUGUGACUGA